UUCAACCUUUUGGAAUAGCACUUGGGGCUGGCAGCAUGAGUCCAGUAAGGCGCGGGGAUAGUCCGUGCCUUUUACCCUUGCAGCUCUUCAGCCUCUGCUGGGUGCUCUCAGUGGCUCAGAGCAAGACAGUGCGAUACAGCACCUUCGAGGAGGACGCCCCCGGCACGGUCAUCGGGACCCUGGCUGAGGACCUGCAUAUGAAAGUGUCUGGAGACACAAGCUUCCGCCUGAUGAAGCAAUUCAACAGCUCCCUGCUACGGGUGCGAGAGGGCGACGGGCAGCUGACCGUCGGGGACGCGGGCCUGGACCGCGAGCGGCUCUGCGGCCCGGCCCCACAGUGCGUGCUGGCCUUCGACGUGGUCAGCUUCUCACAGGAGCAGUUCCGGCUUGUGCACGUGGAGGUGGAGGUGAGGGACGUCAACGACCACGCGCCGCGCUUCCCCCGGGCCCAGAUCCCUGUAGAGGUGUCCGAGGGCGCGGCCGUGGGCACUCGAAUCCCCCUGGAGGUGCCGGUAGACGAGGACGUGGGCGCCAACGGGCUGCAGAGCGUUCGCCUGGCAGAGCCUCACAGCCCCUUUCGCGUUGAACUGCAGACACGCGCGGACGGUGCCCAGUGUGCCGACCUGGUGCUACUGCAGGAGCUGGACCGCGAGAGCCAGGCCACGUACAGCCUGGAGCUGGUGGCCCAGGACGGAGGCCGCCCGCCGCGCUCCUCUACGGCCGCCCUCAGCGUGCGCGUGCUGGACGCCAACGACCACAGCCCGGCCUUCCCGCAGGGCGCCGUGGCAGAGGUGGAGCUGGCAGAGGACGCACCCGUGGGCUCGCUGCUACUCGACCUGGACGCGGCGGACCCCGACGAGGGUCCCAACGGCGACGUGGUGUUCUCCUUUGGCGCCCGCACCCCACCAGAGGCACGCCGGCUCUUCCGCCUCGACCCCCGCUCGGGACGACUCACCCUCGCUGGACCCGUGGACUACGAGCGCCAGGACACAUACGAGCUGGACGUGCGGGCGCAGGACCGUGGCCCGGGGCCUCGCGCCGCCACCUGCAAGGUCAUCGUGCGCAUCCGAGACGUCAAUGACAACGCACCGGACAUCGCCAUCACCCCACUGGCGGCUCCAGGCGCGCCUGCCGCCUCGCCCUUCGCCGCCGCCGCCGCAGCUUUCGGAGGGGCGGACACGACCUCCUCCACCGGGUCCGAGACGCCAGAGGCGGGAGCCAUCUCCCUGGUGCCAGAGGGGGCGGCGCGCGAGAGCCUGGUGGCGCUGGUCAGCACCUCGGACAGGGACUCAGGCCCCAAUGGGCAGGUGCGCUGCGCCCUCUACGGGCACGAGCACUUCCGGCUGCAGCCUGCCUACGCGGGCAGCUACCUGGUGGUGACGGCGGCAUCCUUGGACCGCGAGCGCAUCGCCGAGUACAACCUCACUCUGGUAGCCGAGGACCGCGGCUCGCCCCCACUACGUACCGUGAGGCCCUACACGGUGCGCGUGGGUGACGAGAACGACAACGCGCCUCUGUUCACGCAGAGGGUCUACGAGGUGUCGGUGCGCGAAAACAACCCGCCUGGCGCCUACUUGGCCACAGUGGCCGCCAGGGACCCGGACCUGGGCCGUAACGGUCAGGUCACCUACCGUCUGCUGGAGGCCGAGGUGGGCCGCGCUGGGGGUGCUGUGUCCACCUAUGUCUCAGUGGACCCGGCUACCGGAGCCAUCUAUGCUCUGCGCAGCUUCGACUAUGAGACCCUGCGCCAGCUCGACGUGCGCAUCCACGCGAGCGAUGGUGGCUCCCCUCAGCUCUCCAGCAGCGCACUGGUGCAAGUGCGGGUACUGGACCAGAACGACCAUGCGCCGGUCCUGGUGCACCCGGCGCCAGCCAACGGCUCCCUGGAAGUGGCAGUUCCCGAACGCACUGCAAGGGACACAGCCGUGGCUCACGUGCAGGCCCGGGACGCAGAUGAAGGUGCUAACGGGGAGCUGGCAUUCGACCUCGUACAGCAGGAGCCGCGAGAAUCCUUCGCCAUCGACCGCCGCACGGGGGAGAUCGUGCUCGCUGACGAUCUCUCCCACGAGCCGCCGGGCCGAGUGUUUCGGGCGCUGCUAGUCGUAUCCGACGGCGGCAGUCCCCCGCUUUCCACCACUGCCACAGUCAGUUUCGUGGUGACAGCAGGAGACGGGCUUGGGCAGGUGGCGCCCGCCAGUGCCGGGAGUCCGGAGCGCUCCGGUCCUCCGGGCUCGAGGCUCGCGGAGUCAGGGCCGGCGCUGCAAUGGGAUACGCCGCUGAUCGUCAUAAUCGUGCUGGCUGGGAGCUGCACACUGCUGCUGGCCGCCAUCAUCGCCAUCGCCACCACCUGCAAUCGCCGCAAGAAGGAGGUGCGCAAAGGGGGGCCCCGCCGGGAAGAGCGGCCCGGGGCGGCGGGCGGCGGUGCCUCGGCUCCUGGUUCCCCGGAGGAGGCCGCCCGGGGAGCCGGGCCCAGGCCCAACAUGUUCGACGUGCUCACCUUUCCUGGCAGCGGCAAAGCGCCUUUUGGCAGCCCCGCGGCCGACGCGCCCCCGCCCGCGGUCGCGGCGGCCGAAGUGCCGGGCUCCGAGGGCGGCAGCGCCACAGGGGAAAGCUCCUGUCACUUCGAGGGGCAGCAGCGGCUCCGCGGCGCUCACGCCGAGCCCUAUGGUGCCUCUCCUGGCUUCGGAAAGGAGCCGGCGCCCCCUGUGGCGGUCUGGAAAGGACACUCUUUCAACACCAUCUCGGGCCGAGAAGCGGAGAAGUUCAGCGGCAAAGAUAGUGGCAAAGGGGACAGUGAUUUCAACGACAGCGACUCCGACAUCAGCGGGGAUGCUCUGAAAAAGGAUCUCAUCAACCACAUGCAGAGUGGACUGUGGGCGUGCACGGCUGAGUGUAAGAUUCUGGGCCACUCUGACCGCUGCUGGAGCCCGUCAUGUGGAGCACCCAACACACAUCCCUCAACUCACCCACCAGCCCAGAUGUCAACCUUCUGUAAGAGCACAUCGCUGCCGCGAGAUCCUCUGCGCAGAGACAAUUACUACCAGGCCCAGCUGCCAAAGACGGUGGGGCUGCAGAGCGUCUAUGAGAAAGUGCUGCACAGAGACUAUGACAGGACAGUCACUCUGCUCUCCCCUCCUCGUCCAGGGAGGCUCCCAGACUUGCAGGAGAUCGGGGUACCCCUCUAUCAGUCCCCUCCUGGCAGGUACCUCUCCCCAAAGAAGGAAGCCAAUGAAAAUGUGUAACCCCCCGCUGCAUGUCUACACACAUACGCAGGUCAC